GCACAUGAAAGCAGCCUCUGUGCGUGCGCAGUCCACUUUCUCUUUUGCGAGAUGUCACGCUGCUGCGAGCCUUUAAACUUCGACUCGGUGUGACAUUUCUGCCUUCUGUGGGCGUUGCUGCGCGGACACCCGGCGGUGUUGCUCAACUUUGGGAAGUAUGUGGAUUUGCUGUGCGAGCUGAGAAGGAAUGCGAGGAUUUGCUGGCUGUUCCUCUUGUGUUUCCUCCUCCUCGGAACAGUGUCGUGACUUCGGCCAGGCUGCGGUGUCCAACAACGUUAUCGGGGGGUUUAUUUCAAGCGUGCAAUCGACCGUAAACAUGCAGCAUGACGUGCAGUUGCACCUUUGCCUCUAACAGUGUGUCCCUGUGCUGAAACGGAGGAAGGUUGCACGUCGUGCCUGUGCAGAGGCACCAUGGGUAACCGCCGUGCGUAACGCUGGCUCUCCAUGGAGGACUGGUGGAGAAGCCGCUCAACACAACCCACACUUUAAGACAGUGAGUGACCCUUUAAACAUGAUUAGUCAAGACCAGGACGGGAUUUCCUUACCCGUGCCUUGCUUCGGAGUUUGUCCCAGCAGGGAGAGCCUCGGCGGUGAGAGCAGCAGCAGCAGCAGCGGUGGAGGUGGAGGUGGAGGAGUCUACCGUAUCCCUGCAGCCGGGACUUUCUGGCAGGACUCGGUGAUCAUCGGCGGGGUGCUCAGCCCGACCCCAGGGACCAAUCCGAUGGACGGCGGCGGCUUGCUCCCCACCGGGAAGUCGUGCAAAAGCAGGCCGGUGACGGUGGCCUAUGUGGUGAACGGAGAGGCGAGCCAGCAGAAUAACGCGGAGAGCAUGGCCCUGCAGUGUCUGAAGGACGCCUGCGAGACGUCGAGCAGCAAACUGGAGACUGUGAACUUUGGUAAACUGGACUUUGGGGAGACCACGGUGCUGGACAGCUUCUACAAUGCAGACAUCGCCGUGGUGGAGAUGACCGAUGGCUUCCGCCAGCCCUCGCUCUUCUACCACCUGGGAGUCAGAGAGAGCUUCAGCAUGGCCAACAACAUCAUCCUGUACUGCGACACUAACGCCGACUCCCUGCAGUCGCUGCAGGACAUCAUUUGCCACAAGAACACUACGUGCUCAGCCAACUACACCUUCAUCCCUUACAUGGUGACCCCCCACAACAAGGUGUACUGCUGCGAGAGUAGCCUGAUGAAGGGACUGACGGAGCUGAUGCAGCCCAGCUUUGAGAUGCUGCUGGGCCCCAUCUGCAUGCCGCUGCUGGACCGCUUCAUCCAGCUGCUCAAAGUGUCUCAGGCAAACUCCCACCAAUAUUUCCGUGAGACGAUUCUGAACGAGAUCCGUAAGGCUCGGGAGCUGUACACCGGCAUGGAGCUGGCUACCGAGCUGAGCCGCAUCCAACAGCGGCUGGACAACGUGGAGUGCCUUUCGGUCGACAUCGUCAUCAACCUGCUGCUGACAUACAGGGACAUCCAGGAUUACGAGUCCAUCGUGAAGCUGGUGGAGACUCUGGAGAAGCUGCCGACCUUUGACCCCGUGGCUCAUCCACAUGUGAAGUUCCACUACGCCUUUGCACUGAAUCGGAGGAACCUGCCCGGCGACAGACAGAAGGCUCUGGACAUAAUGCUGCCGCUGGUGAAGGGCGAGGAGCAGGUAGCCUCGGACAUCUACUGCCUGGUGGGACGGAUCUAUAAGGACAUGUUCCUGGAGUCUCACUUCACUGACACGCCGAGCAGGGACAGCGGCACACAAUGGUUUAAAAAGGGGUUUGAGUCAGAGCCAACACUACACUCUGGGAUCAACUAUGCUGUUCUUCUCCUGGCUGCAGGACACCAGUUUGACUCGUCUUUGGAGCUUCGCAAAGUGGGAGUGAAGCUGAGCAGCCUGUUGGGGAAGAAAGGCAGCCUGGACAAGCUGCAGAGCUACUGGGACGUGGGCUUCUUCCUGGGCGCCAGCAUCCUGGCCUGCGACAACACCAGGGUCAUCCAGGCCUCUGAGAAACUUUUCAAACUAAAAGCCCCCAUCUGGUACCUGCGCUCGCUGGUGGAGACCAUCUUGAUCUACCAGCAGUUUAAGAAACCUGGCGCGGAGCAGCCGGCCCCCAAGCAGGAGCUGGUGGACUUCUGGAUGGACUUUCUGGUGGAGGCCACAAAGAAAGACGUCUCCUCCGUACGAUUUCCUGUGUUGAUAUUAGAGCCCACUAAAGUGUACCAGCCUUCAUAUUUGUCCAUAAACAAAGACGUGGAUGACAACACGGUGUCUAUCUGGCACGUUGCUGCUGAUGAUAAGCACAAGGGGAUUCACGAGUGGAACUUCAGCGCCACAUCAGUACGAGGUGUCAGCAUCUCCAAGUUUGACGAGCGCAGUGCCUUCCUCUACGUGCUUCACAAUGCAGAGGACUUCCAGAUAUACUUCUGCACGGAGAUGCACUGUAAAAGAUUCUGCGAUCUGGUCAACAGCAUAACGGAGGAGGCCUGGAAGGGUCCAGAGGAGGGAGACUGUGACGCAGACGCCUUAGAGUACGACUAUGAGUACGAUGAGCUCGCAGAGAGGGUGGUUCUGGGAAAAGGCACAUUUGGAGUGGUGUACGCGGGCCGAGACCUCAGCAACCAGGUCCGACUGGCCAUCAAAGAAAUACCAGAGAGAGACAGCAGGUACUCUCAGCCGCUCCACGAGGAGAUCGCUCUUCACAAGCACUUAAAGCACAAGAACAUCGUGCAGUACCUCGGCUCCAUCAGCGAGAACGGCUUCAUAAAGAUCUUCAUGGAGCAGGUUCCUGGAGGGAGUCUCUCUGCACUGCUGAGGUCCAAGUGGGGCCCGCUGAAGAACAACGAGCACACCAUCGGGUUCUACACGCGGCAGAUUCUGGAGGGGCUCAAAUACCUGCACGACAACCAGAUAGCACACAGAGACAUCAAGGGCGAUAACGUUCUCAUCAACACUUACAGCGGCGUCCUGAAGAUAUCCGAUUUUGGCACAUCCAAGAGGUUGGCUGGGAUCAACCCCUGCACUGAGACGUUCACAGGCACACUACAGUACAUGGCUCCUGAAAUCAUAGACAAGGGUCCUCGAGGAUACGGGAAGCCAGCGGACAUCUGGUCUCUGGGCUGCACCAUCAUAGAGAUGGCGACUGGGAAACCACCUUUCUAUGAACUGGGAGAGCCGCAGGCUGCUAUGUUCAAGGUGGGAAUGUUUAAGAUCCACCCAGAGAUCCCAGAGUCCAUGUCGCUGGAGGCCAAAGCCUUCAUCCUGCGCUGCUUUGAGCCCGACCCGGACCGGCGUGCCACCGCCUUCGACCUGCUCACCGACGAGUUCCUCACCGUCACCAGCCGCAAGAAGAAGAGCAAGAGCAGCUUCACCGCGCUGUCACCGGGGUCUGAGUACCUCCGCAGCAUCUCCCUGCCGGUGCCGGUGGUGGUGGAGGACACCAGCAGCAGCAGCGAGUACGGCUCCGUCUCCCCUGACAAUGACCUCAACACCAACCCCUUCAUCUUCAAGCCCAGCGUGAAGUGCUACAGCGAGAGGGACGUCAAAGGGCCACGGUCCCUCUUCCUCAGCAUUCCAGUGGAGAACUUCGAGGACCACAGCGCGCCUCCAUCCCCCGAUGAGAAGGAUUCAGGCUUCUUUAUGCUUCGCAAGGACAGCGAGAGACGAGCCACACUGCACCACAUCCUGACGGAGGACCGGGACAAGGUGGUGGCCAACCUGAUGGAGGCCAUCACACAGGGCUCUGAGGAGAUGAAGCUGAAGCCUCAGCACAUCUCCACCCUCGUGGUCAGUCUGGCCGACUUUGUUCGCAUGGCGGACAGGAAAAUCAUCGCCAACACGUUGUCUCAACUCAAGCUGGAGCUGGACUUUGACAGCACGGCCAUCAGUCAGCUGCAGAUCGUGCUGUUUGCCUUCCAGGAUGCUGUAAACAAAGUGCUGCGAAACCACAACAUCAAGCCUCACUGGAUGUUCGCUCUGGACAACAUCAUACGCAAAGCUGUGCAGACCGCCAUCACAAUCCUGGUGCCAGAGCUGAGGCCUCACUUCAGCCUGGCCUCAGAAAGUGACCCGGCCGAGCAGGAGGACGUUGACGACGAUGGCGAGCCGGAGAGAAACUCCACCAGCCGGACGCCUGCCGUCACCGCUCACGACGACACCGUGGUCACGUCCGGAGUCAGCACGCUCAGCUCCACUGUCUCGCACGAAUCCCAUAAUGCACAGCGCUCUGUGAGCAUGGAGCUGGGCCGGAUGAAGCUGGAGACCAGCAGGCUGAUGGAGCAGCUGCUGGAGAAGGAGAGAGAGUAUCAAGCCAUCCUGCAGCAAGUGCUGGAGGAGAGAGAGCAGGAGAUCAGACUACUGAGGCUGCGAGCUGAGCCUGCAGACGUCCCCACAUCAUCAGGCGACCCCGAGGCACAGAGGAGUCCACCUGCAGAGAGACAUGAAGACUCAGAGAUGACCAGCUGGCUGAGGCUUUACGGCGCUGACCAGGACUCCAUAGAGAGAAUACUGAACGAGGAUUACACCAUGAACGACAUCCUCCACGAAGUAACAAGAGACGAUCUGAAGAGUUUAAGUCUGAGAGGCGGGAUCCUGUGUAAACUAUGGAAGGCCAUCACAGACUACAGGCAGAAGCCAACCUGAGGCCUUAAGUGGCGACAACCACUCCUUUAUCCCAACAACUCAGUAUUCUACCCUUUACCUCAGUAUUUAUAAGAGCAAGACUUUUAGGAGAAGAACCUGUUUGCCGUGUGCACAGAGCAGCUUUCCACUCGCACAGGAAACUCAUGAGUAUUUUGAUAAUUUAGAAAAAAGGAUUUUGGUACAAAAAAAGGUCACUUUGAAAGAAACAAUUACUUGUAAGUGCCAUAAGUUUUGCUAUGCCUGAUGGACCGUACACAUCUCUUUGUUACAGGUGCGUUAAAAAUGACAAUUGGAAAGAAAAUCUAUCGUUAAAGCUGUCGAAACAUUUUCUCCUGUCAAGAUGUAACGUUUACAAAAUUGGAGACUAUUUUCUAAAACAAGCCUGAGAUACAAAAUACUACAUUCAAAAUCAUCUGUACUAAUGUUUUUAUCAUAGGCAUCUUAUCACUACUUUAUUUAAAUGUAUUUUUAAUUUAAUUCUUAUGGUAAUCUGAAGGAUAUCAGUGCAUGCCCUUUUUUUUUUUUUAAUCCAUACUGAGACUUAUUUAAAUAGGUUUUAUUUCACAUUUCCUUUUAUAAUACGAAUCUACAUUUUUAUUUUUCCGAAACGUGUAAAUAUUGUGUUAUAGAGUUAUAUGUGAAUGACAUUUAUGUACUUAAAAAACACAUUGAUAAACAUAGUCAAAUCUCCAUGUGGAUUGGACCAAGUCUAUAAAGAACACAUGUGAAAACUAAAUUGUAUAGUAUUGUAUUUUCUAGUGUCAUAAAUCAUAGGAGAUAAUAUUCAGUCUGUUAUUAAUAUUACACCAAAUCAUUUUGUUUUUAUUGUUGUACACUGACAAAGUUGUGCUUAUCUUGCUUGUGUAGAUAUGAUAAUUCAGUCGGAUGUAUUUUGUAAUGAAAACAUCUUAAAUUCAAGCAAAUUUCAUAUCGAAGAGCCUUGACCUUUUAUUUUAUUUUUAUUUUUUAAACUUGAUGUCAGAAAUGGGGUCCGUUUUGUUUCAUAUCUAAAAUUAUUCAAGAUUGUUGUGUCAUCUUGUUAAAAUAAAACUUUUCAUCAUUGAAACUGUGAAA